GCUGCUUUCCGUGAUGAAAGCGGCAAGUUGAGCGGCAGAAUAUAUUACUACACGUGCGUUUUGUUUAAUAUAUUGUUGUGAAUGUUUUAUGAACAUACUCCGGGAUUAUUUACAGCACUCGUCUAAGUUUUACUGGAUAUAAGAGAGCGCCUAUAAACACAACCCUACGAAACAUUCAACCUCUUUUCCCACUUCUGCUGGAAAAGUGGAGCAUAAAAGGCCUGAUUUGGAUAUCCAUGGCUUUAUUAUGAGUUCUGCAGGAUCAAGGAAGGUGGAGACCCUCACAGGCCUGAACUAGCCUCCACUCUCUUACACAUUAUGGCCUCAGCCCAACCAUACUGGGAUCAACACCAUGACCAUGACGACACCAUGGAUAAGCUGUUUUUUGGAUUUGGUUCGGAGUCCAUGGACCACAGCUUGAGAAUGUAUCAGCAAAACUCCACAAACGUGGGCUUUGAAAGAAAGACGUCUGGCUCCUGUUCUCCAUGUCUGUCUCCCAAGACUCCCAAUCCUACACAGCUGCUGUUUUCCUCUCAGUGCCACCCACCUGUGGGAGACCAGGUGGUUCCGUCCUUACAAAAACUGUCUGUUUAUGAACACGUACCCCCUUGUUCGCCAAGACGAACAACUAAACCUCUCCCACCCCUCCCGGACAUAGGCGACCUGUCCUCUGAUGAAGCAGAAGACAACGAGGUUGAGUUUUUCUCCAACGCCUCUGAGAGCCAAUGUCUGGUGCCUAAAACCCCGUCCUUCCAAUACGGCUUGCCGGGGAGGCGCAGUUUUCGGGGACACGGUCAGAUAAACUUUGCAUAUAAUGAAGGGCCUCAGUGGGAGCAGACGGUAACACAAAACCAAGACAGACCUCAGCGCCGGCUGCAUCGCUCCCAUUCCGGGCCUUCCGGAUCCUUCAAGGCCACCAACUUCAGGACGACCGGCCUUCACCAUUCUCCCCACAGCCACCCACAGGAAAAACCCGAAGUCCCACCUCGUGUCCCAAUCCGUCCUCGCUUCAGCGAGACCACGGACCGCAGACGGCCAUCAAUUAAUGACUUUGAUGCAGACAAACCUCCCAAAGUGCCGCCCAGGGAACCUAUCCCUCAGGUCAUACCACGUGCCAUUAGUCCAAAAAGUCUGCCGAUUUACGUCAACGGGGUAAUGCCUCCUACUCAGAGCUUUGCUCCUUAUCCCGAGUAUGUGAGUAAGGCUCAACACAGGCAGAGCUGCGAGGGCUUGCCGCCUCCCCGUAGCCCCUGUAUUCUGCCCAUUAUGGAAGAUGGGAAGAAAGUCAGCAGUACCCAUUACUUCCUCCUCCCUCAUCGGCCCGGGUACUUGGACAAGUUUGAGAGGUUUUUCAAAGAAUCAGACUCAUAGUGAUUAUUAAUGACUAAGUGGUUAGAAUUUUUAAGUUGUUUGCUUGUUUAAAGCGGAAAUAAGAGGCUGGAUAUAAACCGAAAUGUUGUUUGACUGAACUAAUUCUUCAGUGUUACAAAUUACUGGUCUGUUUAGGAAUUGAAUAGGGAUGGUUUUUUUGGACUACAUGCAAAGAAAAGCAAAAAAUUAGUUUACCACUGCUGGAAACUGCAGAAGAGCUCUGAAAGUGUCCUUUGUUGGUAGUGAUGCACGAUUAAUCAAAAUAAAAGUUGCAAUUUUGACUUUGACAGUUGACUUUUGACAAAUUUUAGUCUCCCUGUGGUUUUCUGCCCAAAUAAAAGCUAUAGUGAAUGGUUUAACAGUUGAAAAUGACUAAAUUAAGACAUAAAUUAAGCCAUAAAUAUUAGUAUUGUAAUUUUACAGUUGUUCUAUAACAUAAAAUAUUAGUAAUAAAUGCAUUCUAUUACAAUAGUAAUUAUUUCUUGUUUUGCCUGUGUUAUUGUAUUAUAUGUGACCUUGGACCACAAAACCAGUCUUAAGUAGCACAGGUAUAUUUGUAGUAAUAGCCAACAAUACAUUGUAUGGGUCAAAAUUAUUGAUUUUUCUUUUAUGCCAAAUAUCAUUAUGAUAUUAAGUAAAAAUCAUGUUCCGUGUAGAUGUUUUCUACCAUAAAUAUAUCAACUUAAUUUUUGUUUAGUAAUAUGCAUUGCUAAGAACUUCAUUUGGACAAGUUUAUAGGCGAUUUUCUCAAUAUUUGCAUCAAUGGAAAGCUUAUUUACUUCGCUUCCAGAAUAUGUAUAAAUCUCAGUUUUGAACAGUUGACCCUUAUGACUGGUUUUGUGGUCCAAGGUCACAUAUAGUCUCAUAAGCACAGGCUUUUUAAGAAAUUGCAUUUAAAAUUACAAUUAGGUUUUUCCCUCAAAUCGUGCCACCGUAUUUAUUAAUGUUCAUGUUAUUUGUUGUACUAUUUCCUUGCUGUAUUAAAUUAGAGUGUGCAGUAUCCUUUAAUGAAGGAAUAGGAUGAACUGUUAGACUGUUAACACUGUGUAACCCGAGUAUAAGCUGGUCUUAUUAUUUUAUUUUUUUUCUCUCUGUAUUAUGGAAUGGUAAAGGUGCAUGGUUGUUGUUGUUGUUGUUGUUGUUUUUUUUUUUUUUUUUUCCCCUAUUAAGACAUUAUAUACCAACAGUAUAAAUUCAGAGAUCACUGAAAAAUGACAAAUGAGUGUAAAACUAGUAUUAUCAAUUAAAAGCUGCCAACUUUUAUAUAUAUAUGUGUAUAUAUAUAUGUGUAUAUAUAUAUAUAUAUAUAUAUAUAAAAACUCGAGGACUAUACCAUGUGAUUUACACCUAUGAGAAGUAUUAGUGAUCAAAACUACUUGUCAGUACUUGUAUAGUGACAUAAAUUGAAAGGACUGGGCACAGAGGUUAGUAUUCUACUUUUCAUGUGAAGAAUACGUUUUGCUUGCUUUCAGAUGUGACGCAUCCAUUCAUCAUUUGAAAACUAAAAACUGAUUGAUUCGUGUUAAAGCCUUUUUACUUCGGGGUCACGUCUGUUACAAGGGCAGAAAUGCCACUGCCUUGCUGUUUGGUGUCCAAAUGCAGGACACUUGGUGUAAAUGGAUGGCUUUUAUAGCUUUUACCAUAAAGUUAUAAAAGCCCAUAACUAGUCCUGGCCUUGCGUGUCAUAUAUUUCUUACUGUUGAGCACACUUGUUUUUUAUUGUGAUUUUUAGACUUUUUAUAAUCUUGACAUUGUCAGACCAGUAACUGUUUACGUUUUCAGCUACUUGUGUUUUGUUCAUCCAACAAAAUGACUUGGAUAUUUUCUGUGUGAAGGCUAAUGUUAACUGACUUUGUUUCAUCUGCUGAGGAAACAUGCACUUCUAAAAUGUACAGUAUUGGUGUAGUUUUUCACACCAGACUAUUUAAAUAAAGUAACUUAUUUAUACACCGA